CUCCUUUUCAUUAAGCCUACCAUCAAGAGAGCAUCAAGAGAGCAGCCUCAGCUUCAUCCAGGUUCUUUUUCCUCCAGAUGUUGAUGUUGAUGUGUGCGUAGUUGUGUGUUCUUUUGCACUGUUCUUGUGCACUGUUCAAAGCUUCUUUCUCAACGAGAGGAAAACAAAAAGGGCUGAGGGAUGUGCUCAGGGAUGCGAGAGCGGUCAUGGCUCUAAUGUCAGGAGAAGCACCAAAUAACGACUGGGGAGUGCCAUGCCAUCCAGAUUUUCCUGCGUGCUUUGAGUGGCCAACAGGAAGCGACAAGGUAGAAGUGGACGGCGAAGCGACUUAGGAAUACAUAGGAUGAGAAGGCAGCAGCUGUUGUAAGUAUUACUAAUCAUUCAAUUGUUAAACAUUCAAACAAUCUUCACAUACAUUCAUCAUGGAGUAACAACUUCAACUACAAGGAUAAGACUUAAAUUAGAAGUUGGUCGUGUGCGUGAGCGAAGCGUCUGCUGUUCACACCCCUCUGCCUCAACCUCCUCAACAAGCACAAAGAUCAGGGCUUUAGUAGGGGUUAGAAGCACUUUGAAUACAUACAUUAGAAGUUGGUUUUGGUUAUGGUUAUGAGUUUGUCAAGAGAAAUUUAUUUCUCCUUGUCGCCCUGACCUUUGAUACGGUCUUUUCUUCUCGUCCUCCUUCUCACCUUCCUUCUACUUGUUAAUCUCCUUCUUCAUGGUGGAAGCAAGUCUCUGGAAUGCAUGUGGCCGGAUCCCGAGUGGCGAAGUGUUAUGAGGAUCAAUAGACUUCCACUUACUUGUUACUUCUGCAUGAAGAUUAAACGUGACGAGGGUGAUGAUGAAUACUUAGUAUGGUGAACAAGAUGAAGAUGAUUGAUGACAACUGGCUUCUUAGUUCGUACAAGUCCUCGAGUUGUAUUAAGGACUACAACACGGAGUGAACCAGCACGCAUGAGAUGAAUACUAGCAAAGGACCCCUAAGAAAGUCGCCCCACUACUACGAGAGGACUGCUCUUGCUCUUUGAAUAACAGAAGCAGCACACUCACUCCUUGGCUUUUAGUUUUCUUUUUCCUCAGAAAAAGUAGGCCGGUUGCAAGCACAAACAGUGAAUGAAAAGUAGACAUAGAUCAUCCAUAUUCUCUUUCUCUAAUUUGUAUUCUACAACAUGUAUAGAUCAUGAAGUAGGGAGAACUACAUGAACUAAGAGGGAAAUCAAUGAAAAUGAAGAUCGGUUGUCUAAUCAAAAUCAAAGCAACAUUCUAGUAAGUACAUGAUAUAAACAAUACUACACACAGCUACCCCUUCUUCAUAUUGCUGACGAAUACAGAAAAAGCCUAUUUUAACCAGUACUGGAAGAACAAGAGGAACAACUAUUAAGGCCUGUCGUGAAUUACGAGAGGAACAACUAUUAUAAGGGCUGAUGGACGACACGCGGCGCCUAGAAUAGACGGAUCCUAGUAAGCAUGGCCAUUAGAUUUUAUAAUCUAAUCGCUGUCUUAUAUCUUCAUGCUUUUUAUUUUUUGCAUUUUCUAGUUACUAGUUAGGUUGGCUCCACCACUAUUUCUAUUAUGAUCUCGCGUCCGUAGGUUCUACAAUCCGAAAAUCUAGUGGACACCCCAAAGGGCCUACUAUUCUAAAUGCUCUUUCUUCCAUCCACAAUAGUGAGAUCCCUUGACCUCGGUAAGCUUCUUGAACCCGUGCUCCCCCUCCCCGUAGUUUCCCCCCGUAACUAGAACAAGAAAACGCUACUUCCAAGUCUUAUUCAUUGUUUCGCUUACUCGGUUAUUUUAGUUUUUCGAGUACUACAACACGUUCUACAAUCCGAUGGCGAUCGGCUCUUUCUUUUCUAAGGUUACUACUACAACACGUACUACAAUCCGGUAACGAAUCCGUACGCUCCAAAAAAACAAAAAUUUGUAAACCCCGGUGGCCUCACAAACGCUUGCAACG